AUGCGAUGCGCGAGCAAGGCCGCCGAGAGCGCGUCCGCAGGUCUCUGCGCUCGUCAUGAAGACACUCAUGUCUUCACAGAGUAUGAGCUCGGUGUCUCAUACUCUCCUGAUACGGAAGAUGGAUCCGUAUCAACGGCGAUCGAAUCCAAGCCGCCUGCCAAGCGUGGCAUGGACGAUGCUUUGCGUCGCAGCAUCUUUGGUCCAUCGGAUGAGUCAGAUGAACCAUCGCCGAAGCGAAGGCGCUCGAGGUCGCGAGACUCGGGCGCUACAGUGGUGUCGGUUCUCCUAUGGACACCACUUCGCAACGAGGUGCCAGUCCUUCUGUCGGCACGUCGCAAGAAGAGCGGGACCGCAGUGUGUUGCGUCUCGCUCCCGAGAAGAAGGCAUGGAUGCCUCCUAAAUCCCUUCAUGGAUCACUUGUCGGCGACGACGAGUGAUCGUUAUCGAACACGAUUGUUCGAUUCGUCAAAGAUCCAUCACCUUGACCCCAGUGCGAAAAACUAUCGCGCUGAACAUGAGUUCUUCAUCGAUGCUUUAUUCAGACAUCGAUGGUACAGUGGUAAUCACAAACGUGAUGGUCCCUCACUGCUUCAAGCGUGUAACGCUUACAUCCACAACCUUGAGGAUGUAGGUCGUGACGCUUGGAACGACAAACUGAUUAAAGCUCGUGAUAAGUUUGAAAAGCGAACCCCGACAGGUGCACGCUACAAGCUGCAUCGUCCGUCUAGGGAGAAAGGGUUACCCUGUCUCUCCUGGGAAGACUCGUGCCCAUGUUGUGGGAACAACUCUGCACGAGCACCUAAGGAGGCUUACCUCCCUAAUAUCCCGUGGUGGCGCGUACGUAUCUCUACUGAGAUGUACGAAGGGAUAGACAACCUGAAAUCCCUUUACGACCGUGCCGGGAAGACUUUCUCCGGCGGUCCUUCUGCGGCACAUGAUGUGCCGCGUCGUACUGCUCUACCAGACCCAGUACGUCGAUCAUCAGUUGGGAGCGGGGCUCCCAAGUAUCCCAGGACGGGGGAUAGCCGCGCCACCGGACGAAAUAACUCGUCCGACGUCCAUUCACAUCGCGCUGGUUCAACAGCUGCUCAACCAGAUAGCGCUGCCCACCGCGAGAGUCCUCUAAUGGAGGUGGAGGAGGAAGAAAGACGCUCUCCACACGAUCGUGGGAAGCGUGUGUUCCCGAGAGCUUCUUUGAUCGCGUAA